GCUUCCUGCGGUGACUGUCACUCCUCCUCCCGGGCUGACGUAGGGAGGAUCCUCCGCGUCCCACUGAUGUGGGCGAAGACCGGCCGCGGGUAUAAACGGCUCGGGACUCCUCCACGUCACUGCCCGAAGCCGCAGCAACUCGGUCACCUGAGCUGAGCCUCAGCAGAGAUAGCAGCAAGCAGGUACUUCCACGCCGCGCAGGCUAACUCGCUUUCGGCUUUGGUUCGAGAUGGAGACUCGCUGCACCAUGAGGAGCUCAAGCGCCCACAACCUCAAGAGUGGACUGUCUCUGUGGCUGAUUUUGUGGCUGGUGUUGGUGAAGCCUUGCAGGGUGGCCGCAUGCCCCAGUCUGUGUGUGUGUUACCCUACGCCCAUGACGGUCAGCUGCCAGUCUCAGAACCUCACCUUAGUGCCGGCUGGUGUCCCCUAUGACUCUCAGCGCGUUUUCCUGCAGAACAACCGCAUCACGGAGCUUCGCGCAGACUCUUUUGGCUUUGAAACACAGGUGCUGUGGCUAUACGGUAACAAUAUCACAUGGAUCGAAGCCGGGGCCUUCAGUAACCUCAGGGUUCUGGAGGAGCUGGAUCUGGGUGAUAAUCCACUGCUGCGGCGUCUGGAAGGUGGAGCUUUCAGAGGACUGGAGAAGCUGCAGAGCCUGCACAUGCACCGCUGCAAGCUGGCCGCUCUCCCCCAUGACCUCUUCCACAAGCUGUACAGCCUGCAGUUUCUCUACCUGCAGGAGAAUCAGCUCCACUUUCUGCAGGAUGACCUCUUCUCAGAUCUGGUCAACCUCAACCAUCUCUUCCUGCAUGGAAACCGCAUCCGCGCUCUUUCUGAGAAUGCGUUCAGAGGCCUGGUCAACCUGGACCGCCUUCUCCUCCACGACAAUCGCAUCAGGCAGGUCAACCGCCGUGCUUUCCGUGACCUGGGCCGCGUAACCAUUCUUUAUCUGUUCAAUAACUCCCUGGCUGAGCUGCCAGGCCAGACCAUGAAAGAUGUCCAGGGUAUCCAGUUCCUCCGCCUGAAUGGUAACCCUUGGUCCUGCGGUUGCGAAGCUCGUCCCCUCUGGGAGUGGUUCCGCAAGGCCCGCAUCUCUUCCUCUGAACUCAUGUGCACCUCCCCAUCCCCACGCCGUGGCCAGGACCUCAGAUUCCUCCGGGAGCUGGACUUCGCCCUCUGCCCGCUGCCUGACCCCGGCUCUCUGGCUGGAACCACCACAACCACCUUCAGCACAAAGACCCGCUGGUGGUUCUCCAAGAACAAGCCUGCAUCGUCAUCCAAGGCCUCCUACCAGAAGAACACAGAAAUGGGGAAAGCCUUCCCCUUCUCCGGCGUCAAGCCUCAGUUCCUUCCCAAAACCCCUGACGAAUCCUUCUCCUCCAAGUAUGAACUGUCGGAUGAUGAAGUCGCACUCCCCAAGCUGGAUCCAGAAGAAUACUGGGCCAACUACGGCAACGAAGACGCCUCCAUCCGUUGCUUCGAGUUGGAGUGCCCCCCUGGCUAUGACAAUCCAGCAUUCCCUUCAUCCUCCCCUUCACUCAUCACCCCGUCCCUCCUCAACCUCCUAUCCUUUUCCAUAAUCACCUUGUCCCUUCAUUUCCUUUUUGGUUGAACUCUUCUCUCCUACACACCCUUUUACUCCUCUGAACCCUCCCCUUGCUCUUUCCGACUCUAACAAAAACCUGGAUCUUGAUUCCUUUCAGCUACCUCGUCAGGUUGCAGGAGGUGCUACACUGACGAAGGGGACAGGCAAGACAGCAGGCAGCUGUUUAAAAGAGCAGAGGUCAGUUGCGCUCACAUAGAGCAGGACAGGAUUGCAGUGUCAAAAUAGCUGCUGCUCAACAGUGCAGGCUUUUACUCUAUCAGGGAUGAAAUAUGAAAACCGACAGAUAUAACGGUACAAAGGAAAAAACCUACAGCGGUCUCCAGGUGUUUUUUGAUAUCAUGGCUGUAAACAACGCAGGCGUUUUUACGCUUCAUUAACAGCUGCUUUCUAUCACAAAUUCACUUUUGUCAUGAAUAAAAGUGAAGAUUGAUAGGUUAUAUGUCACCACCAGAAGUAGGAGAAGGAGGUGGAUCAACACAGAUAAUGAGAGGUGUUGGUGGAAAGAAAUAGGAAAUAAAGAAUUAUUUGGUGAAAAUAAGAUCAAUAAAAAUGUAGAGAAGAGUGAGUUUUAGAUAAUCAUCUAAAGGCAGAAAAGGAUGCGAGGAUUAUAUAUCUGGAGACUAAAAAGACAGGCUCUCCUUGCCUCCUUCAAAUUCGAACUCUUGUGUGAUCCCAUGAUGCCAGCAAACCACCACCACCCACACUUGUACACACCACACAUCAUCACUGUACAUACACCCAUCACACACUGCUCUGUAUCUUAGCUGGCUCUGUACUUUCAUCCUAGUACAAUUGAUUAAACAACAGCUUGUGGUGAUAGAUUGUAAAUGGAAGGCUAAGAACUGAAAUGUAAGGAAAAUCUUUUUUAACCCCUCGUCUUUUCUACUCUCCUUCUCUGUCAGGCCAGGACAAAUAACUGCUUCCUGGGCUGUGCCCCUGUUUCAGACUGUUUUGUGUGUGUUUUAGUUUUUUUGUUUUGUAUGAGUGAAAAUGUUGCAGUUAAAAGAGAUCAAGUCCUGAGGAGAAUGGUUCAAUCUCUCAUUAGAAUGAGUGCCUGUGUAUGUGCUUUUUCAUUAAACCCUGAAAAUCUGUGUGUGUGUGUGUGUGUGUGUGUGUGUGUGUGUGUGUGUGUGUGUGUGUGUGUGUGUGUGUGUGUGUGUGUGUGUGUGUGUGUGUGUGUGUGUGUGUGUGUGUGUGUGUGUGUGUGUGUGUGUGUGUGUGUGUGUGUGUGUGUGUGUGUGUGUGUGUGUGUGUGUGUGUUACAUUUACCCCAAACUGUUUCACAACCAACUGUACAUUUUUUAAAAAGCAUGUCAUGUCUGACAUAUCUGUAUGUAAUGCUCAUACAGACCAUAAACAGAUCACAAAAGAUAUUUUUAUAUACAUAAAACCAUCCAUUAAAACUGCAUUAGAGAACCUCUCUGACUCCUGUGUGUUUUUGGAAAAUUGUAUGGGUGUUUAUUCACAAUGCUAAUCAUGUAGGUGAUCUGCAUUAUUCAUGUGGGCCAUAUGUUCCUUGUUUGACUCAUAACUAUGAGUUGCUGGAUAGAACAUGAAAGAUACUGUGACACUUAGAUUCUGUAUUUUUCAGUAGAGGAACCUUGUUAGCGAAGUACUUUGCUUUUUA